ACCAACUCGACCUCCGAAUCCUUCAUAUGUUAUUCUCGUCUCUCCUUUCCUAUUGAUCUUCGUCUCUCUUCUUGUCCAAAUCCAUCCUCGACUACUGUAACCUUACAUUGUUUUUUUUGUUUUGGUUCUCUCCGUGAAACCAUGGGUGUGUGUUUCUCUGCCAUUAGAGUCAGUGGCAACAGCAGCGACGCCAGCCGUACCAAUGCGAACGAUCAUAAUCGCAGGAGAAACAAGAAUCCUAAAUCUGCGGCGAAGAACAAACAUCGGCAACCCAAUGCCAACGAGAAAGCGUGCACUAAGCGGAGGUGUGGAGUGAUCCCGUGCGGCAAACGUAUCGACUUCGGCUACGCCAAAGAUUUCCACGAGCACUACACGAUCGGGAAGUUGUUGGGUCACGGCCAGUUCGGCUACACCUACGUUGCUACCGACAAGGCCUAUGGAGAUCGAGUCGCGGUUAAGAGACUCGACAAGAGCAAGAUGGCUCUUCCCAUUGCCGUGGAGGAUGUGAAACGAGAGGUUCAGAUACUGAAAGCGCUCUCAGGCCACGAGAACGUUGUACAGUUUUACAAUGCCUUUGAGGAUGAAAACUUUGUGUAUAUAGUCAUGGAGCUAUGCGAGGGGGGAGAGUUGCUGGAUCGGAUAUUGGCCAAGAAAGAUAGCCGAUACUCUGAGAAAGAUGCAGCAGUUGUCGUAAGGCAGAUGCUCAAAGUCGCUGCGGAAUACCAUUUACACGGUUUAGAACAUAGAGACAUGAAGCCAGAGAAUUUUUUGUUCAAAUCUGCAAAAGUGGAUUCGCCUGUGAAGGCCACAGAUUUUGGUUUGUCGAACUUCAUAAAACCAGGGAAAAGGUUCCAUGACAUUGUGGGUAGUGCCUAUUACGUUGCUCCCGAAGUACUGAAGCGUAGAUCAGGGCCUGAAUCAGAUGUUUGGAGCAUUGGUGUAAUUACAUACAUUUUGCUUUGUGGGAGACGCCCCUUCUGGGAUAGGACGGAAGACGGUAUAUUUAAGGAGGUCUUGAGGAAAAAACCUGACUUCAAUCGCAAACCAUGGCCUACUAUAAGUGAAAGCGCGAAAGAUUUUGUUAAGAAGUUGCUUGUAAAAGACCCACGAACACGACUAACAGCUGCCCAAGCCCUAUCACAUCCGUGGGUCAGAGAAGGCGGGAACGCAUCUGAGAUCCCUAUCGACAUAUCUGUGCUUAACAACUUGCGUCAGUUUGUGAAGUACAGCCGUCUAAAGCAGUUUGCUUUGCGGGCUCUUGCUAGUACACUUGACGAGGCAGAGAUUGCUGGCCUCAGGGAUCAGUUUGAUGCGAUUGAUGUGGAUAAAAAUGGUGUCAUCACUCUUGAAGAGAUGAGACAGGCGCUUGCUAAAGAUCUUCCUUGGAAACUAAAGGAUUCUCGAGUUGUCGAGAUUCUUCAAGCGAUUGAUAGCAACACUGACGGGUUAGUUGAUUUCACGGAGUUUGUCGCAGCCGCACUACAAGUUCAUCAACUGGAGGAGCACGACUCCGAGAAAUGGCAGCUUAGAUCACGAGCUGCUUUCGAGAAAUUUGACCUUGACAAAGAUGGUUACAUAACACCCGAGGAGCUUAGACUGCACACAGGGUUAAAAGGCUCCAUAGAUCCGCUUCUUGAAGAAGCGGACAUUGACAGAGAUGGGAAGAUAAGCCUGCGAGAGUUCAGGAGACUUCUAAGAACAGCGAGCAUUAUUAGUUCACAGCAAGUCCCGAGCCGUCCAACUCUUCGGAAAUGAAUUUACUUUUACCAUAAAAAAUUACUUAGCUGAGGGAGAAGGGCCCGAGCGUGAAAUUCACGGUUAAAAUGAUGGCAUUUUUAUCUCGGCUCUUAGAGAAAAAGUAGUCAUACAGUGGAGUAAUUUUUUUGUAAAUUGAAAUGAUUUCGGGCAUAGGGCAAAAGGGGAUUUUGAUUAGAGGAUGGUAGUACUUGUCUGUUUUUUU